CAAAAACCUGGUGCAUAUAAAAGACCAAGCUAUGAAUCAUCAGAUUGAAAAACUCAGAUAACAGGGUGACCAGAAUUUCAGCAGCACUGAAAACAGACCUGAUUGGGACUCAUCGGUACAAGUACAAGGAUGGCGACUUCUCUCUUUUUGGCGAUUUUUCUUGGACUUUGGGCUAUUGUCUAUUCCGGUCUGGUCCAUUCUGUGACCCAAAAUCCCAUUAAAUCUGAGGAAGACGUGCUCCGAGAGGCUGUAACGGACGGGUUCCUUGUUGAAUAUUUUGUUCCCCCAUCACUCGAAUCCGAACCACUUGAAGAAAAGUUGAGCCCUCAAGAGAUCAACCAAACAUCAUCUGGCAGCGGUGAUGGUCGUAAUCGAACCCUGUUGAAGGAGAUGAUUGAGGGAGGCACAUCAGGUGACGGGUUCUUCCAGCCCAAGGAUGAAGAUUAUUCAACCACAAGUGAAAGAGCUUUGCCAAGUUCCAGCUCAUCUACCACCUUAAGUCUUCCCUCUGGCUGGACGUCCUCCUCACAGACAAAUGCAACCCAGUCAAGUAACAUGACAGAGCCCAGUGUGCCCUCUCCAACUGUUGAUUUUGAAAGUUUUUAUUCAGGGUCUGGGAAUAGUGAGAUUCAAGAACAAUAUCCUACGAGAAAACCCAGUAUGACCCAUAGUCCACCUUUCAUUACCAUAGAACAGGGGACUUCAGGAGAAGAAGAUUUGGAGUCAGGAUCAGGAUUUGGAAUACCAAAGAAAAUAGGAAAAAAAGGCAGACUCUUGGAAUUUCCAUCUGUCCAAGGUGGUGAAUUUUACCAUAUACCUGGGUCUAAUAAUCCUCCAACAACAGAGCAACACAAAGGGCACGUGACACCAGAUUGGAUCAUCAUCUUGGGUUUUGUUGUUGGCGUUGCAGCACUGCUGAUGCUUUGUCUUGCCAUCGCUACCAGAGACAAAUGGAACGGUCCGAGGCAAGCAUCGAGACCACAAAUCGAAGUUGACUCUUCACAGCACCAGAAGUCAGAGAACGAAGCGUUCCUGCAGAAAGAUACACCCAAGGAAAACGGAAAGGCGGCGGAGUACACAGUUAUCCCGUUGGAUGAGCUUCCAGUGAAAUAGUCACACCACCGAGACAAACAGUUUAUUUCAAUAAUGUGCAGCCGUGCUGCCUCCGAACGCUCGGCACAAAAGGUUUGGAACAUUCUUGCAGUUUUGUAUUCAAAGACAUUUGGCUCCCUGGAAGCAUUCAUAAAUACUUUGGAAUUAUGUCAAUAUUCAUUUCCAAGUUGUCAGUGCCAACAACUCUUUUUAACCACUAAAAUUUGAGAACUUAAGCUGUUGAAAAUGUUUUGUGAGUACCACCACAUAUUUUUGUGUAAAAUUCAAAGGAGUGUUAAUAGUUUGUCUUUUUGUAGAAUAAAAAGCAAAUAUUUGAUAAUAAUUUGUAAUUGCUGCUUUCGAGAGUUUCUUAUGACAUUAUUUUUUUACAUUUAUGUAAUUAUUGUAUGUAUAUGUAAUCUAUGAAAAGCUGUUCUGUUGACCUGCCCAAAAUAUCAAUUACAAAAGUACAGAAUCUACUUUUUUAACAGCUUUUUGGAUGUUGCUCUUCUGUAUUGUAUGAAAUAUGUUUUGAGAAAUAAGACCACCAGCAUUUCAUCGAUAAUUUAUUUGUAUUUGUUGAUAUUUUCUUACACUUAUUAAAACAUUACACAC